AUGUCCUCAAACACCUCCCCUGUACCCCCAGGACCACCCAACGAGGUCAGCACAGCUGAAACUCAUGAAGGAGCGCCUCGAGACUCCAGUCGCUUCCAUCACCACACUCCUCGACAGUCUCACUUUCCAGCUUUCGCACAACUUCCAUAUCCUUAUACUUACGGCCCUGGGUCGCCAUAUGCCCCACAGUACAACCCGUACCAUCAGCCGCAGCUUGGAUAUCAUCAUUUCCAUCAGCAGCAGGCUCGUCAAAAUGUUACCAUUGACGACGGCAUAACCGCUGAAUACUCUCCCGAGUCCCAGCGCCCUCCAGAAGAGUCCAAGCCCAUUCAUCUGCGAUCGCGGCCUUGCCGUGGGAAGAACGAUGACGACACUUCACUUCGACCUGAUCUAGGAGUUUCGUUCGAAAAUGUUGAAGAGGAUAAAGCUGUCGCGGAAGAUCGUCCUCCCAAUAAGGCUAUUCCCAAAGAAUCCCUAACCCGCGGGGAGAAGAUGCGACUCCUAGAUCUACUUAAACAAUACGAAGAUGUACAGAGAAGUGGAGGUGUCUUCCGCUCAGCAACCAAAACAUACCAGCAAUUCUACCAGGCGAUCUUCCGCAGAUCAUGGGACACCAGUAGCAAAAGCUGCAGCCCAGUAACUCUUCGUUCCGCACGCAGCUCCGAUGCUUGUCUUGAAAUCGGCCAUUACGAAAAGGAUGCCCCAUCCAGUCGAUCGGACGACGAGUGCAGAGGGUCCAAAGUGCUCAAGCAAACAAUACCGAUAUUUCUCACUCUCGACCUUAGAGCCGGCGAGAUCGAUUGGAUGUAUCACGAUAAGGAUGGGAACCAUUUCAAAGCCCGCGAUGUAACGCUCCAUCAUGGCCUCAGUAUUGAACAGGCUAAGAAGAACGUUUUGGAUUACCAAGACCAGAAAGAGAUGAAGCGCAUUUGCGAACACAACAUUGACCAGAUUGUCCAUGCCGCGAGACGACGAAUAGUCAAGUGGGCAAGAGCAGGAAGUGCUGCUCAGCUUGGCGUUGACGAUGAAGACAGAGCCGCCCUGGAGUUACUUGAACUCCCCUCGGAGCGUUUCCUCGCGCGAUUCGAGGAGGUCCGCGUUCUACGAGAUUAUCUAGUGCAGCGACCUGAACUAAGCUAUGAGAACUGA